UCUCAGAGUGCUCCGUUCAGAGAGAUUAUCAAGCAGAGAUUAACUGCUGCUGCAGGAGGAAUCUCAGAGGUUAAGAAACGAUCGUCUGGGGAUCGACCGUCAGCGCGGACUGCGGGAUAUCAGCCGGAGACCCGAGAUAAAGUCACAGAAUAGACCUCCCACAGCAACAUGAAGACUAAGGAAGAGGAGGGUCUGGAUGACCAGCAGGUCUGUAGCCAGGAGAGGAACUCCAGUCUGGACCAGGAGGACCCAGAACCUCCACAGAUUAAAGAGGAGCAGGAGGAACUCUGGACCAGUCUGGAGGGAGAGCAGCUUGUAGUGAAGCAGGAGACUGAAGAGAUCAUCGUCUGGACCGGGGAAGAGCGUCUCAGGCUGCUGGAAACAAUCUGGAAACCUGAAACAAAGCCACAUGGCAUAGAUCUUCCCCAGCAAAUUGACUGUAAGGAAGAGGAGGUUCUCACAGAUGAACAGGACUGUAAUGAGGAGAAGAAGUUCAGUCUGGACCAGGAGCACCCAGAUCCCCCACAGUUUAAAGAGGAACAGGAAGACCUUUACACCAGUCAGAAGGGAGAACAGCUUCUGUUGAAGCAGGAGACGGAGACCUUAAUGGUGACUCCUACUUAUGAGCAAAAUGACCACAGUGAACCAGAACCAAAGAGGGACCAACUCCUUUCUCACAACUCUUCUGAAUCAGAGAGCCAAGGUGAGGAAGGAAGUGACGACUCAGGAUUAACCAGGAAUGUAGAGCUGAAGAAGAGGAAACAUGACAUAAACAGAAGUCAGAUUAGCACAGAUGAUAACUCUUCAGUAUCAGAGAGUCAGUGUAAAACUGAUACAAAUAAAAAGUGUCUAACAUGUGACACUUGCGGUAAAACGUUUCGUGAUAACUACAGCCUGACUAGACAUCUCAAAGUCCACACAGGUGAGAAACCUUAUUCUUGUACCACUUGUGGGAAAAGAUUUAGUGAGCCAUCAGGUAUGAACAGACAUAUGAAAAUUCACACUGGUGAGAAGCCACAUUACUGUAGCACCUGCGGGAAAAGAUUCGGGCAAACAAUAAACUUGAAAACUCACAUGAGAAGUCACACAGGUGAGAAGCCAUAUUCUUGCAGCAUCUGUGGGAAGCAAUUCGGUUACAUGAUAAACUUGAAAACUCAUAUGAGAAUCCACACGGGUGAGAAGCCGUAUUCUUGUAGCACUUGUGGUAAAAGUUUUAGUGACUCAUCAGCAUUCAAAACUCACAUGAGGUUCCACACAGGUGAGAAGCCGUAUUCAUGUAGCACCUGUGGGAAAGGAUUCAGUCAUAUGAUAAACUUGAAAACUCACAUGAGAAUUCACACAGGUGAGAAGCCGUAUGCUUGUGGCAUCUGUGGGAAAAGUUUCAGUCAGAAAACAACACUGGAACGCCACAUGAGAAUUCACACAGGUGAGAAGCCACAUUCUUGAAGCACUUGUGGGAAAAGGUUUUGUAAGUUGUUGACAUUUAAAACUCACACUAGAUUCCACACAGGUGAGAAGCCGUAUUCCUGUGGCACCUGUGGGAAAGGAUUCAGUCAUAUGACACAGUUGAAAAGACACCUGAGAAUUCGUAGUGGUUGAAAGUUUCACUCUUAGAAAAUGUGAGAGAGCUGUUGAUGUAGGAGUUUGUUGAAGGUAGAACUCACACUGGUGAGAAAUCAAAUCACCUGAGGGAAAAGACGACCCCCUCCUCGUGCCUACAUGGUAUAUUUUCCGUCCAGAACAAUAAAGAACUCUGAACAAUGGUUUUUUAAAUGUAUUUAUUUAUUUUUGGUCCUUUUCUGCCUUUAUUAGAUAGUGUAGACAGGCAGAAAAGCAGAGUGGAGAAAGAUGUACCAAAAGGCCUCAGGUUAGGGCUGAGUGAUAUGGACCAAAAGUAAUAUCUCAAUAUUUUUUAGCUGAAUGGCGAUAUACGAUAAUAUAUCAAUAUGUUUUCUCUCCAAAAGGUAUAAACAAAAAGGCACUUC